UUAAGAUUCACAGGUAUAAGAAUAAAACAAAUUGAAGUUAAAGGUGAAUUCUGAAUUCACUUAGGCCUCUAAAAAUGUACCUUUUAUUUCUAAGGUCAAGGAAAUAAAAUUGUAAUUUUCAUAAAUUACAUAAAAGUCCCCUCAGUUGUAAUAUCUCUAAUUUGACAUAAAGUUAUCCAGAUGUAAACACUCACUGAUAGGUCACGUUUAGUUCUGCAGGGACUGACAUCACUUUAUCUGUGAGGGGAAGUUUUGCACCAUGCACGUGUUGGAGUAUUUUCAGAUAAGAGCUCCAUCUCCUGGUGCUUCUCCAUCGUGAUCAUAAGGUUUGGUUUCAACGGUGACUGGGAAAUAAAGUCUGUGAUCUGUGGUCGGAUUUGUCACAUCCGCAAACUGUGCAACACGCAGCAGCAGCAGAGACUCAGCUGCGAUCAUCAGCCUCUUCCUCUUCUUCAUCCACCGGAUAUCAAGUGUGAGUCAGUGGAGCAGGAAUCGAACCCGGCUGGAUGUUCGCGUGCAGCUUGACGUCAUCUCAAAGGACUUUUGAUCAGCUUUGGUUUGAGUAGAUGUUCGGAGGGCGGAGGAGCAGGAAGCCAGAAGAUGGACCCGGACAGUAACGCCAUUUCCCGGGUGGAGAGGACUCUGUGGACCGUCUGGAACUAUAUAACCGGAGCCGUGAACAGAUUCCUCCAUCCAGAGCCCAUUACCACCGAGGACAAUGAGCAAGACUCCUUCCAGCAAUCUGCAGCUGAUGGUGAACCUGCUGACAGCCGUCACCCAGACGGGGACUCCGGUGGACAGGGUGUCGAUGAGGAGCUGCCUCGUGCGACGACCUCUCUGCUUAGUUUAUCGCGGGCAGUUGUUGCCUGGGAGCAGGAGGAAAGCAUGCAGUACAGAAGCCAGCUGAGUGGAGCCCCUGAGAGCAAAGCAUCUGAGGAGGGUGAGAACACCAAAGAGGAACAGUUCAGCCAAACAGGAACUGAUGGUGCAAGGUUGGUUAAAGCUGUAAAAGAAGACAAAGAAGUAGAGGAUGGAGAUCAGAUAUCGUACACUCACGGGCAAGUUGACACGACCGAGAAUGAAGGGGCUCUAAAUAUUACAGAUGAUGACAUGAGUGAAGAAUUGAGGGGAAGUGGAAGAAAGGUUGGUGCUGAGGAGGAGGCACAGGAUGACCACGGAAAAAUGGAUGAAAAGGGAGAAGAUGAUAAAACGCACUAUGAAGAAGAGCCAACUUUGGAGAUGGAAGAUGCUGAGAUAACGUUGUGCGGGAUGGCAGAUUUCAGCUCAGAGGAGGAGCGUAACGUAGAAGAGGCGAGAGUGCAGAGGGAUGCAGCAGAAGAAGGAGAAAACCGUGAUGGGGUGUCACAGCUGGGCUUGGAAAACAAAAACAAUUCCGAUGUGAGGAGAAAACAAGUCGAACAUCAGUUACACGUCUGUGAAGAGCUCUCAGAAAAUAACAGAGAAGUCAAGGGGGACCCAGGCUCUUCCUGGCUGGAUGAUGAAGUAAAUUUGACCCUCGGAAAAAGUGGCAAAGUGUCAGAGGACGUUGGACAUGAGCAUGUGAUGGGGGAGCUGGGUGGGGAAGAAAAUGAGGCUGAAGACCACCAGGCGAUAGAUGAAGAGAUUUUUACUGAACAUGUUGCAUGUAAUGAAGUCGUGCAGAAUGCUGAAGCAGAGCUGCAAACAGCUGGUUUUAAAGUUAAAGAAAAAGAGGAUGUGGCCAAAGACACCAAAGAGCAAACCACAACACCAGAGAGUGAGGGUGUGAUCGAAGAAUCUAAUGUGACAACAACAGAGGUUUCAGUGGAAGAGAGGUUUCCUGAUAAGGACCAAACAGAAGUGGAGAGUUUUUCCAGUAAAGUUAAAGACAACAAGGAAAGUCACAUGGAAGCAGCAUAUACAACCGCUUUAGUUACAGUAAAACCGAAAGGCCAAACUGGACAGGAAAUAAGUGGAGCGUUCGAAAAUAUUCCUCCGGGGUUAUGCGAAGGCCGGGCUGUUGUGUUGGAGGAGCUGCAUUCUCCGACCAGCAAGGGAACACAAGAGGGAGUUCCUGAAUACAACAAUGAGCCUGGGCCAGAUGAAAAUACAACACAAAGGUUCCUUGAAGUAGGAAAUUACAAGGAAAUCGUUGCCACCCGAUUACCAGAAGAGGUGGAGAGAAAGGAGUCAGAGAACCUUCAAAACAGUGGCACUGGAGGUGGUUUCUCACCAGAAAGAACCGAAGAUAUUAAGAAAGAGGAUACCAUGAUAUUGCAGCUUACAGACGCUGGUUUACCACAAGAGACUGAGAAGACAAUUGUGGAACCAGCAUUUGAAGGUCUGGGACACAAAGACGAGACAUUGAAGAUGAGGGUCGGACAGUUGGAAAAAGAAUCUGAGACCCACGUUGGUGCAACAGAUGAGAAAACAGAAGAGCAGGAUGGAACUGAAGAGCUGCUGGUUGACUUUGAAACUAAUGAAGGUUUAAGUGGAACCAAAGAUGCUGCAGGAGGUGAUGGGGAAACCAUGAGAGCUGCAACAGACAGAACUUUAAAAAGCCUCAAGGCUAAAGAACCAAGGACGACAGAGAUGAGCUUCCAUCGAGUGUCAGGAGAUGCUGAGCAGAACAGAAUAAAGACUCUGGGUUUAGAAGAUAUUAUCCGAUCUGGAUUUACGAAACAAUCAGCCGAGCCUAAAUUACCUGAAGGUAGAAGUGUAGAAAUGCAAGAUGCAGGGAUAGAUAUGGAUGAAACAAGUUCUGGAGCUGAGGAGCAAGAAAUAGAAGACGAAGUGCAGAACAAAAAUGAGAUGGGAACUUUGAAUCUGGCAGCUGAGCUAACUUCUGAAAACAACAAAAAUAUUUGGUUUGCAGAAUCGGAAUUAUCGAGACCAGAUGAGUCGUUGGAGAGUAAAAAUCAACCAUCAGACAAAGCAUCUGAGGCGAGCAACGAGGACCCUGCAGCAGCAGAUAAAGUAAUGACCACCAAAGGCAAACCAAAGGAUUUGGAUGAGAUAGCAACGAAGGAAAUGGAAAAACUUGUGACAGAAUCAGAGAAGAGCUCCGUCAGUGGAUGUCAAGACCUGAAUGAUAAAGAAAUCCUUGAUUUGUGGAUAGAGACAGCAUCGUUCAAGGACGCCGACUGCAUGGAACGAGGAGAAGGGCCUGAACCUGGACGACAACUGGCCAAAACAGAAGAGCAAUCAGAUGAGACAGAGGAGGAAAUGCCGUGGUUGCAGACAGAGGAGAACGAGAAGCUUGUGGAGUCAACGUCAGGAGAAUCUGGAUUAGUGAGCGACACAGAAAUGUCUCCAUCAGCAGCAGAGUCUGGAUUAUUGGACCAGUCUCUCAGUGAGUGGAGCACAGACCACAGUGAAUCACUUCUACUGGAGACAACGAGCUCUGGGUCCUUGCAGGACUUCUGCGACUUGUUGGCUGGUGCAGAAUCAGCAGACGUCUCUGAACUGUCUACGCGGCAACCAGACUUUGAAUGUCAGGAUGUAUCGAUGGAGGAGGCAGCUAAGACGGGGCAAUUGGAUCUGGAAGAGGUGGAAUCGAGCGCUGAGACAGGAUUUCUCCCUGAAUCUGGGAUGAUAUCACAAGAGGCUGGAUGUUUAAAAGUGAGAUCAGAUAAAUCUCAAGACAAAACAGAUGAAGAACGAGUUGAAUCAGCAGAAAAUGAAACUGGAAAACAGAAAGAGAUCGACUGGAACGACUCUGGAGAAGAAGAUCCUGACAUUCUUUACACAGAUGAGAAAACUGAAGAUGCAGAUGCACAUCGUGAGGCAGCUGCGUCUGACACUCUUGAUGCAACCAAACGUGCUGAAUCAGGACGACCUGGAAGUCGCUCAGAGGUUUUGUUACAGGACGAAAUUACACUGACGGAAUCAGAAGAUGUCCCCUGUGCUGAGACGUUGGAGCAACCACAGGACACCGUGUGGUCAGAGGAUAUCGCUGAGGUGACGGAAGAGCAAACAAAAGCUCAGGUGGACGCAACUACUCUGGACUUCACUGCACAAAGAUCGAGAAUUGCUGUGAAAAACCCUCGUGUCAGGCCGCCCAAAGAUCCCCGCUCCCUCCUGCACAUGCCUUCAGCCGAUCCCACGCCUUCCUCACGUCUGCCGGUCAAAGUACCUGCAGGUGUUCCUUUGGGACGCAUGGGCAUCGGAAUCAAACUUCCAGGGAUUGGUGCAGGUUUUCCUGCUUUAAAAAAGACACAACGUGUGAUGACAGAAGAAAAAAGCUCAGAAACCUUUUCACAGGAACCUGAGACAAAGCCUGAGGAGAAGAGUGACACGAUCAAACAGGACGAGGAAAAACACAAACCUAAAUGGAAGCCACCUCGACAUCCAGGAUUUGGAAAUCCACUUAUGUCUGAGCUGAAGAACAAGCUGAGGAAACCCACAAACGAGUGAUGAAGAUGAAUCAUGGGAAAAUUUGAUGAUAAUGUACAAACUGAUGUAUUUUUUUUUGUAUUUGUAAAACUGGAUAAAACGGUGAGAUGUUA